UUUGGUUUGAGUGUAUCUCCUAAAUUUAAUGGAAUCGAAGUCUGAUAUCGUUUCUUCCUCAGAAAAUGAAAAUGAAGUCCAAAUUUUGGACUCCAAUUUGUUGUAUGAGGAAACUGAGAUGCCUAAAGAGUCCUAUAAGUUACCUUGGGAAAUAAUCCAAAUAGGUGAAAACAGGGUUAACAUACCAAUCAUUAACUUAGAAAUUAUGAAAGGUUGUGAUGAAGUUGUUUUGGAUGUUGUUGCAGACAUUGUGAGGGUUUCGUGCACGAAGCAUGGCUUUUUCAUAGUCUCUGAUCACGGCGUGGAUCAGAAUUUGAUAAAUGAUACUUAUCGAGAAUUCGACAAUAUUUUCAAACUUCCUUUGUUCACGAAGGUAGGUUCUAUGAGGUAUCCAUGGGGCUACUUAGGUUCUCACGCAUGGCGAUCUUCUUCCAACUUACCAUGGAAAGAGUCAUUUACUUUUCAAUACAAACAUUACGACGAAUCUAAUUCACAGAUUGCUGAGUUCUUCAAAUCGAUCUUAGGUGACGAUCACCAACAAGCUCGGUUGGUGUGUCAAAAGUAUUGUGAUGCAAUGAAAAAAUUAUCUGGACCGAUUUUGGAGCUAUUGGCCAUUAGCUUGGGUCUGGACCCUCUUUAUUAUCAAAAAGAAUUCAAAGAUGCUGAGUCAAUGAUGAGAUGUAAUUCUUAUCCUUCUAGCAAUGGUGACAAAGUUGGCACCCUUGGUGUUGGUCCUCAUUGUGAUCCAAGCUCGAUCACCAUUCUUUUCCAAGAUCAAGUUGGAGGUCUAGAAGUUUUGAUUGAUGAAAUAUGGUAUGAAAUUCCCCACAUACCCAAUACCUUUGUCAUAAGCAUAGGUGACACUUUUAAGGUGUUGACUAAUGGGAUAUACAAGAGUUGCAGUCAUAGAGUAAUGACUAAUAAGGAGAUGGAGAGAAAGACACUAGCAUUCUUUUUAUGCCCAAAAGGAGACAAAAUUCUCAGAGCCCCCAAAAAUAUUUUGGGAAAAGAAGAGCUAAAUAUAUAUCCUGAUUUCACAUGGUCGCAAUAUUUUGAGUUUACUCAAAAGAAGCAGUAUAUGGUUGAUCAUAAGACUCUUAUGAAUUUUGUCUCAUGGCUUUGUGCUUCCAAUGCAUCCAAUAAAUAAGUUCUUUGGAGUUUGGAUGCUGAAUAAAAUUUCUUUGGAAUGAUAAUUACCUUUUAUAUUUUCAGUCAAAUGGGUAUAUGUCAGUUGAAUAAAUCAUACCCGUUUCUUUAUAAGCAAUAAACUUUAUGUGUACUAUAUUUGUGUUGUUACUCUUUUAUGUAUACAUGUAUGUAUUACAUGUAUAACAUAGACAAUGGUGAAUUUUGAAUUUCCUUUUUAUCAAACAGUUUGAAUAAGAUAUUAUCAUAUUUGUAGUGUUUGUAAGAAAAAUUCAGUGUAUCCCAAUAAUAUGAAUAACAAAUUUACUUUUUAAAGUAUUUUCUCUC